AUGAAGCCCCCUCCACCCUGGAAAGGAUGGAGCUGCUGCCCAGAGAAUUGGGUCAUGUCUAAUACCAGCUGCUACUUUAUUUCUUCUGAAUUGAAUAAUUGGACUGAGAGUGAGAAGAACUGUGCUGGGAUGGGAGCUCAUCUGCUGGUGAUCAACGCCGAGGAGGAGCAGCUAUUAAUACUCCAGAUCCUGGAAAGAGAAUUUGCUUACUACGUAGGGCUGUCAGACCCAAAAGGGACGUGCCAGUGGCAAUGGGUAGAUCAGUCACCAUACAACAGAAGUAUCACAUUCUGGCAUCCUGGUGAACCCAAUAAGCAUGACGAGCGUUGUGUUUUCAUAAAUUCUCGUAAGGGAAUCUGGGGCUGGAAUGAUGCCUUUUGUGUUGAAACUCAAAAGUCAAUCUGCGAGAUGAUGAAGACCUACUUAUGAAUGGAACAUUCUCCAUGGACAUGUGAUUGGGCUGGCAUUCACCAUGAAAGGACUAAUUUGUUCUUUUUGUUUCUGUGGAAGUCUUGUGUAAGGGUUGCCCAUAGAAUUUUUCAAUAAGCUGUCACCUAUUCCACUUAUGAUCGAAUCAGUUCUCACAUUUCAUUCAUCCAUAAAAUGUACACUUAUUAAGCAUUUUCCAUGUUCCAGACACUGUACUAGAAAGCCCUUCGGUGGACACAUGGAGGGAGCAUGAGCUUCCUUUCCUAAUUUGUCUGACUGCUAAGGGAUUAGUUACUGAUAUAAUUAGGUAUUGAUAUAAUUUGAUGUGGUUCCUCCUCCUGUCUGAUUUUCUCUUUUAUGGACUGGUCAGAAGCAAAAGAAUCCCACUCAUAACUUUUAGUUUCUCUCAAAUCAAUUUAUUACUUCAAACUAGAAGCAUAUUAUGUAACAGUAGGCGCAUGAUACACAUUAAUUUAAGGUAAAUUCCAGCUUUGGCCCAGUAGACUCUUUGGGCUUCUUAACAUUCUCUGUUCAGUCUUGGCAUUUAACAUCAGGUACAGACAAAGGGAAAUUAGAGAUUGAACAUUAAAGAUUUAGAAUUAGAGGUCACUGCUGAUGAGCUGAUCUAUAGAAUUAUAUUCUCCCAGUAUUCUGAUAAUUCUUUUCUUUGGUUCAGUUUUAUGGUUUCUGUGCAUGGAUUACUACACAAAAUGUCCCUUGGUUUGUGUUUGUCUCCCUUUUUACUAAAGUUCUUAACCAUCAUUUUCUUUUUACUGAAAUAUAAAAUAUAUGUACAAUAAAGUCUGUAAUUCACUGCCUUAGUCCGGUGAUUAUAAUUGAUUAUGAUAAAGCUUGUCCCGUCCACAGCUAUACUUGUACACCCAUGUAUAGUUCCUAAUGUGACCUCCUGAAAUUA